GUUCAUUUUAAUAUAUGAAAUGUAAUAAUGCUACGUCUAUUAAUUAUCGAAUACAAUUUGAUAAAAUCUUAUUGCUGUUGAAAAGAUCAUAUCAUUAAUACUAGCUGUUGUAGAAGCAAUCAAACAAUUUAUUAAAAUGGACAUUUUGUCAUUAAAGAAGAUCUGGCUGCUAGGGAUUUAUUAAGGAUCUUGAAUUGGCCAUUGUGUGCCUUGCUGUGUUAAUUAUUCAGUUCAUGGUGGCUCACUUGUUUUGUUGAGAGUGUGACGCGAGUUUUUAUAAUAUGGUGAGCCAAAAGACAGUUUUAGCUUCCUUGUUGUAUUUUUCUGUUUUUGUUUUCGUCUCAAUAUGGUUAAUGACAAGAAACUUUCCUGAGAAACAGUGUGAUUGUACAAGAUGUCUGAGGAAGGCUUUACCAGAAUCACAAAUCAAGUCUAAAAGGAAUACGCAAGAUGACAGUGUUGUUCAAAAUAAUAUAGGUAGGCUAUAAAACAAGCCUCAUACCUGGGUACUUAUAUGGAAAAUCACGCUAAGCAAGUCAAAUAACCAAUCACUUCAGUAUUAUAUAGUUCAGUGGUUAAGCCGCAUGCUCGCUCAGCUUAACCACUGAACUAUAUGUAACACUGAAGUGCUUACUUAUUUGACUGAAGUGCUGCAGGCUUGCUUAGCGAGAUUUUCCUUAUAAACACCUGGAUAUGAGGCUAGUAUAAAACAGUCAUUACAUGGUCAUAUAAAUGAUGUGAUUUAUAGAGAGUUGAUCAUGACAUAGUAAACCCUGGUGUUUCAGCUCUGACACCAGCUCCAGCUGCUUUAAUUAAAGCUCAGAUAUCCGGCUCUGGCUGGGUUGGUUCACAACUCAGGGGACAAAUUAACCAGAUAAUGGCCAAUAUUACUUGGCUUAAUUUUGUCCCCAAGGUAAGAUGAUGUGAUCAUGUGAUUAGAGUAUGUCUGCUGCCUAACCCAAACACAUGAUGGCGAUUCAGGUUGCAAACAAAUAUUAUAACAUUUUUAGAGCAUGCAGAUUAAAUGAUCGUAUGAAAUAUGGUUCUUAUUUUCAAGAGAUGUAGGGUCAAGAAAAAUAAAAGUUGUACUUAAAAGCUAAAUUUAUUCAGUGGCAUAUAUUUUCAAUUCUGCUGCAGGAUCAAAACAUCUGACAACACCAAUUGUACCCAUACAAAUUAUCUCCAAAAUAGCAACCACUUCACAGCCCAAGGAACCAGAAAUCAAAUUAAGAACAGCAGCUAUUGUGAAGCCAACAAACCUUGAGACAAUGAAAUCUAGACACAAAUUAGGAGUGAUUGUACCAUUCCGAGAUCGUCUUGAAGAACUUUUAGAAUUUGUACCAUAUAUGACCAAGUUUUUGAAUGAACAGAAUAUUGAAUUUCAUAUUUAUGUUAUCAACCAAGUCGAUAUUCACAGGUUAGUGUGUUGGUUCUGAUAUUUAUAGUUUGCCUGUAGUUACGAGUUAUAAUUACAUCGAUUCCUGCAAUGUGCUUUUUAUUUCUUGUCAUAAUUUUAUUCAGCACUACCAGUAUGAGUUUACCCAGUAUGUACCAUACUGCAAGCUUACUCUUAUAGGUACUCUGGUUUCCCCAUGAAGUAACACUAGUCUGGAACAUUAAGGGAUGAUCCUUACUGAAGCUCUGGAAAGACUAUAAAGUAGGGCACAUCAGGGAGCAUUGCCACUUAAAGGAUUAACAAGAUGCAUUGGCUGAUUAACCCAUUGAUUGGCUACAGUUUCCCCUUGGAGAGUAAAAUCAUCUGGUUGUAGACAGAUCUCUUAUUACUACUUUGUAUACUCUAGGUUUAACAGAGCUGCACUACUGAAUGUUGGAUACUUGAUUGCUGUAAAGGAUGCAUGUGACUACAUAGCGAUGCAUGACGUUGACCUACUGCCUCUUAAUAAAGAUUUAAAUUAUGGCUAUCCGGUGGCUGGCCCAUUUCAUGUUUCUGCUCCAUUCUUACAUCCAAGAUAUCACUAUGCAAAAUUCAUUGGUGGAAUUAUGUUGAUGUCUAAACAGCAAUUCCAAAAGGUCUGGUAUUGAAUGAAUCAUUGCUUUGAUUUAUACAGUAUCCACGUACAAAUCUCGCAUCUUACAAACGAGUGACAAACGAGUGGUAAAAAAGUUGUCGUUUUAUCAAGUUGCUACAAGGUUGUCACUCAACAAGUUGUUGAGUUGCAGGACGAUAACAAGUUAUUGGAACAACUUGUAACAAGUCUGUUGAGUGAACAACAUUGUAGGAAGUUGUCACAGAUAAUACGUCGUAUUUUUGUCGUCUAUUUGUCGUAUUUUUACUACUAUAAUACUGUUCUGUUGGCGCUUUUUGUUAAAAGGUGAAUGGUCUGUCCACCCUGUUUUGGGGCUGGGGUCGGGAAGAUGAUGAACUUUAUAUGAGACUUCAAGAGGCAAAUAUGACAGUGAGUAAUUAAUUACAACAGUAUUAGUUUCGUUAAUAGAUAAUAGUUUCGUUAGUUUCUUUAUGAUAGAAAAUACCUAGUUCUUUCACUGUUCAAUUAGGAUUCCAAAGCUUAUUGUUAAUAUUUGUAGGUAAAUCAACCAGUUGGAAUUACAACUGGGUACAAAACGUUCAAGCAUAAUCAUGGCAGGAAACGGAAACGAGAUUAUCCAACUUCGCGGAAACAAUUCAAGGUAUAAGAACGCUUGUGUGCAAUAAAUUGAGUAUAAAUGUGUAAGAACUAGUUGAUUCAGGUGAAGUAGAGUUGUCAAGAAUAGCAGGACAAGAUGAAAAGAAUUUUUAAUCUAAUUCCUCUUCUUGAGUUAAUCUUUAUUGGAUCGCGCACUGGUAUGCUGCCGCUAAUGAAUUCAAUCUGGGCAACCACUUGUGUUUAGUAUUACACUCUUUCAACAAUAUCCCCCCAUCACACCCUACGUCCUAAUUUCACUGGAUCUUUCUUUAUACUCUAUCCUCCCCAUCUUCUCUUCAGUUUAGUGUCUUUGCUCUCUUUUCACAGCCUUCUUCCGUUUCAUCCUAUGUCUCCCAACUGUUUGUGGUCCUUGUACAGGAUGUAUCCAUAUUAUCUUCACUGGAUCUUUCUUUAUACUCUAUCCUCGCCAUCUUCUCUUCAGUUUAGUGUCUUUGCUCUCUUUUCACAGUCGUUGUCUCUCUGCCUCAUUUUUGUCUCCCAACUGUUCGUUGUCGGGUCAUCAUUCUACUGGGUCAUCAUUCUACUGGGUCAUCAUUCUACUGGGUCAUCAUUCUACUGGGUCAUCAUUCUACUGGGUCAUCAUUCUACUGGAUCAUCAUUCUACUGGGUCAUCAUUCUACUGGAUCAUCAUUCUACUGGAUCAUCAUUCUACUGGAUCAUCAUUCUACUGGUCAUCAUUCUACUGGAUCAUCAUUCUACUGGAUCAUCAUUCUACUGGAUCAUCAUUCUACUGGUCAUCAUUCUACUGGAUCAUCAUUCUACUGGGUCUUCCUCCUCUCUUCUCCUGAUGUGUCCAGACCGUCACUUUCUCGUUUGCCUCAUUUUCCUCAAUAUCCGUUCUUAUGUCAUUGUCUUUUGAUUUCAUUUUAGUCGUCCUUCAACAGAGAUCGUGAAACUGGGUUGAAUACAAUGGAUCAUAAAAUAAUAAGCAGACAUGAAAUGACUAUUGAAGGCAAUUCCGUCUCCAUGGUUGCCGUUGAAUUGAAUUGUAAAUAUAAAAUAACUCCUUGGUGUGAUAAUUAGACAGUAAUUAUUUAAUGAAUAUAUGUAUUUUUAAAGCUAG